AUGAAUAAAAAGGUUUUUCAAGGAAUCGAGGCAGAGCCAAUUGACAUUAUAAAUCAGGCGACAAACGAUAAACUUCUUUGGGAGGAGGCAAAGUCAUUAUCUGUGAAUAACUUGGUUCCUCAGCCAACCCUGGAGGUACGGGAUUUUUCUACUCGAUGCCAGGUCGAUGGGUCCUGGAAAGGUUCGGAUCCAUUGGUGGGUUUGGGAUGGUGGUAUGGUAAUCGCGAAGAUAGGGCGCUACUUUUGGGAGCACGAAGUCUUAGACAUAGCCCUUCACCCCUUCAUUUGGAGUUACAAGCCUUAAUAUGGGCUAUGGAGUCCCUUCGGGCAAUGGGGGUAGAUUGUCAGAAUUUUGAGUCGGAUAGUGCCGAGCUCGUGGCGAUGGUGCAGGCCCCCGAUGAUUGGCCAACCUUCUCGAACCUAUUGGAAGAUUUCCAUUCUUUUAGCUUAUCCUUCUCUUCCUUCACUCUGACCCAGAAAGAGAAGAAGUUCUUGGUUUCAUUGGUUAUGUGCUCUCUUCUCUUGAACGGUUUCGCUUCUGCUCAAACUCUCAUUCAAGAUUCUUGCAAGAAAGCAGCCGCAAAAGACCCGCAAAUGAAAUACGAUUUCUGCGUCAAUUCUCUUACACAAGAUCCACAAAGCAAAACCGCGACCACACUCGAAGGUUUGGUCAUAGCAUCGACGAAGAAUGCUGCGGCGAAAACUACGAAUGUGAAAGGAAUCGUUGAACAGAUCCUCAAGGGCAAGAGAUAUGGGCCAGGUAUAGAGACAGUGCUACACGAUUGCGUCGAGCUUUAUGACUAUGCUAAUGGUUCGUUAAACACUGCUUUAGCGAGCGUUCAGUCGCAUGAUUAUAGUAGUGCUACUGUAAAUCUGGGGGCUGCUUUGGAUGCACCGGGCAAUUGCGAGGAUGGAUUCAAGGAAAGAAAGCAACAGAAGUCUCCCGUUACUAACGAGAACAAUAUUUUGUUUCAGAUAAUUUUGAUUCCUUUGGCUUUUACUAAUAUGCUAUGAUGAA